CCGGACAGUCCGGGAUAGUUUAUUUGAUAGCAGGACGCGAAGCUGUGUUUGUUGUGGAUGACGGACGUCUCGGCGCCGUGAGCGCGGGGAAGUCUUGGGAUGUAUAAAGUGUUUUAGUGGCAUAUAUUGACACGAUGCGGUCGACAUUCUUCCUCUGCCUUGCCAGCGCGAGGAAUCUCGUUGCUGCUUUGCCUUCAUUGAACAGCGGGUUAUCUGAUCGAGAACAAGCUCCCGAUCAUGUUCUUCUCGAAGCUCGCCAAGCCCCCAUAGCUCAGACAUGGACACAACCCCAUUAUUGCACAGCCAGCACAGAGUCAGGAAACUUCCACGACAUCUACACCGCACUGGUGAACCCGUCGAGAUCAGUCUCAUUCGAUUAUUCCAGUUUCUGCUCGGCGGUCGUGCGACAAACGACCAUUGCUUGGGUAGACCAAACAUUAACUGGCAGGAAAACUGAGACGCUCACAUCAACAACUACAACUAGCGUAUCCACCACCAGUACAGAUACCUCCCCUGGAACAACAACACUCCUCUGCCCCACUCCCUCGGCGUCCAUGGCCUGCGGUGUAUCAGCAAAUGGUUAUUAUUCGAACAUGAUCACCGAUCAAUACAUACCCAGCGCCGAUUGCCACCAACUUUGUCUCAGCAUGUCUGAUUGCAAGAGUUUCCAGGUCGUUCCACAAGACAAUGGGAUCGUGAAGUUCGACCGAUGUAACCUUUACAACGUUUCUGUGGCGGGGAAUGUGGAUACAACGAGUCCUGGAAUCGUGGCGUUGUUUUAUGAUAGAGAUUGUGGGGAUUUGUUACCUUCAGGAUGCACGCCCUCCCCACCACUCAUAACACCCGCUCCAUCCUAUUCUCCCACCGUUGCCGCGAUUCAGAAACGAGAUUACACAGUCCCGCCUUUCCUCUCUUCAAUGCAAUUAAUACUUCUACAACCGGUUUGUUCUUGUUUGGUUGAUGCUGCGCCGCCACCUACGAUUAUUACGGCUACGAAUCAGAUUCAGAGCUGGGAUUAUGUUACGGUAACGACUUUGAAAACGGAGGUGUAUAGUUAUACGGAUCAUCCGGAGUGGCAGACGGUUUAUACUAGUGUCGUUUGAGGUGGAGGCCACAAUGCUUAUGUGAAGUCACAAAAACAAACAUGGUCCGAAUUUAUCACUGCCAAGGUACUAGAAAAUAAGAAACUUAACAAGGUACUUUUUAUGAUUACGAUUCGACGUCGAG